UAAACAUACUACUAAACUAUAAAAUUACAUUUGUUAAAACUUUUUUUUAUAUUUUCAGAAAUAAAUGUUGAUUAAGCCCCUUCUGUUCUUCUAAAGUCAGAAAAAUGGUUCUGGAGGUGGUUAAGCCUGGUUGGGUGGAUGGAGAAGAUUUCCCAAUAUUCUCUGUAGAUAUUCAUCCUCAGGGGAAUAAGUUUGCUACAGGGGGACAGGGAAGUGACUGUGGUAGGAUCGUGAUAUGGAAUAUGGAACCUAUUAGAAAUCAGAAACUGCAAGAUGAUCCCACAGUACACAAACAACUUUGUCAAAUGGAAAACCAUCUUGCGUGCGUCAACUGCGUCAGAUGGUCGGGAGACGGGAAGUAUCUGGCUAGCGCGGGGGAUGACAAACUAGUAAUGUUAUGGACCCGAAAUAUGUACGGUGGUGGAGCAGUUUUUGGAGGGGGAGGGAAGGUCAAUCAUGAAAGCUACAGAUGUGCGCACACCCUCCGUCAGCACGAUGGUGAUGUACUGGACCUUGCCUGGGGUCCCGGGGACAAGUGGCUGGCCAGCGCUAGUGUAGAUAACUCUGUUAUUGUCUGGGACGUCUCAGGUAUUGGGUCUCCAACCAGUGUUGCUGUACUACGAGGGCAUACUGGACACGUCAAGGGUGUUACUUGGGAUCCCGUAGGGAAAUAUUUAGCCUCUCAGAGUGCUGAUAAAACUCUCAGGGUUUGGAGAACUGGAGACUGGAAGGAAGAAGCAGUGGUUAAAGAACCAUUCCAGGACUGCGGCGGAACGACCCAUGUUCUUCGGCUGGACUGGUCGCCGGAUGGUCAGUAUUUGGUAUCCGCCCACGCCAUGAAUGGCGGAGGUCCAACCGCCCAGAUAAUUGAACGAGACGGGUUCAAGUUUGAAAAGGAUUUUGUGGGGCACAGGAAAGCUGUCACCUGUAUUCGAUUCAACUCUAAUAUAUUUCAACGAAAAUCCUCGAAAGGGAACGGAAAUUAUGCUUGUGUAGCAAUAGGUUCGCGUGACCGUUCAGUAUCUGUUUGGUUGACCUCACUAAAGCGCCCUCUUUUCGUUUGUCACGAUCUCUUCGAAUCCUCCAUCCUGGAUCUAGCGUGGAGUAAGGACGGGAUGACUCUCAUAGCUUGUAGUAUGGACGGACAUAUUGCCAGCUUUAAUUUUUCCGGCAAAGAUAUCGGAACUCCAAUGUCGAUUUCGGAUAAAAACCAACUUUUCAAAAAGUUGUACGGCCGUACCUCCGGAAUUGCCGUCGCUGACAAACCUGUAUUAAUCGAGAAUGCGGAACUUUUGAAGCUUAACAGUGAUUCUGACGCGUUGGGGGAUUUUUCCGAUACAUUCACUGACAAAUCGUCAACUUGGUCGCCGAUAAAAGGCCCGACAGAUAAACAGAUUGAGGUAAAGACAAGUGACGGUCGUCGACGAAUAACGCCGAUGUUUAUCCCCCCUACCCUCGAGGGGGACUGGUCUCGAAACUCCACGAUGUCCUCGGAUGGCACAAUGGGGAUGGGACGGAUGAUCUCAAGCUCCAGCUCCGAACCCAAAUCUAGAAUCAAGAUUGAACGACGGGACGGAGUUGUUGAACCGAACGUGAGUCCCGGGAAAAAGGAACCGGAUGUGAAGAAGGAUGCGGAAGCUAAGAAGGAACCGGAAGUGAUAAAACCAAACAUGAUUCCGGUCAAGAGGAAAGUUGGAAAUGUUAUGGUUCAAGUAACUACAAGUGUACCAUCGUCCACAACAUCAACUGUAACAGCAACAGCACCAGCUGUUGUUAUUGGAACUACUUCCCAUUCUUUAUCUAACGGACUUAAAACGAAGGUGGAGGAAAAAACAAAGAAAGAUGUGAAUGAGGAGAAGGGAAAGGGGGAAAAGGAUGAGGAAAAGGGCAAAGGGGAGAAGGAUGAGGAUAAAGAUAAAGAAAAGGACGACGAGAAGAUCAAGGGUAAAAAGCCGUCAAAUCGUAUUGAAUCCUCAAGCGAUUCUUCAGAUUCAGACUCAUCAGACUCUGAUUCGUCUGAGAGCUCAUCGGAUGAUGAUGAAACGGCGGGAAGUCAGACGGAAAAAUCUGGGAAAUCAGAAACUGAAGACAAGAAGAAAACCUCCCUGGUCUCCUCUGUUGUUGGAUCAAAAAGAAAAGGCGAAGAUUUGUCCACUCAGCAUCCUGCCAAGAAACGAGGACGACCGGUGACCGUGACCGGGCCUUCUCGUUCUAGGGAAACUGACAGUGGUCAGUCAACACCGGUCACCAAGCAUAUAGAAGUAGUUGCAGCCCCUGCACCAGUAGUUCAACCUGUUCUACCUCUUCACCCACAGCGAGUACCAGCAUCACCAACCCGAGCAUAUCCUGGUCUUCCCCCCCGCACCAUACCUAGGAAUCCGUACUAUCUACAGGCAAAAGCAGGGGAUAAAGUACUUCACGUUCAUGUCCAGAAUGAGUAUGAGAAGUAUGUGGGUGGGUAUGUACACAGGACUGCAGUACACACUGGGGAGAGUGCUAGUUCUUCUCUACUCUGGGAAUCCUUGUUCACGGCACCAGUCGCAGGUGUUGUAUGCGGGGGAAAUCUAGUUUUAAUCGUCUGUAAGGAUGCAACUAUUCACAUUUUUAAUACUGACGGCUCACGCGCCCUUCCCGUCCUUAGUCUCCCAGCGCCCCCGCACAAGCUCAAGAGCGAGAACGCGCUUGUUACGUGCGUGACUACUAGUGGACUAAUGUUCUUGUGGAAUAUGGCCGGUGUUCCGAUCAAGGCUGUUCUGAGUAAUUUGGAAAUAUCUCCGUUAAACAAACACACAACUCCCAGGACAUCUGUAUCUAUCAGCUCUAUUAAAUAUUCUGGAUCAGAUCCUGUUCUCUGUCUUUCAGACGGAUCCUCACACACAUACUCUCAGGAUAUAGGAUGUUGGCUUCAGCUGACCCACUCAAGACAGGCGCUGUCCUUGUCCACAGCAAUGUCUAAGGGUCCUCCAGCUACUCUGCCAUUAGCCUCCCUCUCCUCUUACCCUUCAGGGAUGAGCAAACUUGAUGCCGUGACUGGAGGGAUCUGGACAAUAUCUGUAAUUGAGACGAGGUUAUCCUCGAGUAUAUACCUUAAAUCCUCCCAGGAGUAUCGAUAUUGGUUGCUCAGUCUGGUAAAACAGUUGACCCUGCAGGGUCAAGAAGCGCGCCUACGAUGUAUUCUAGAUGACCUGCUAGCUAGUACCUGCCGGGCGAACUCUGUAGGCUCCAACGCUGAACUGUUAGGGUUAAAGAGAGAUAUACUGUUCAAGGAAAUGUUACCUCUACUAGGAUCUAAUCUUACUCUACAGAGAUUAUACACUGAGUACAGGAACCAUGCUGAGCUGAAGAAAACGGGCUCCGUCGACUUAUUUUCCUAGUCUGUUAUGCUUAUGCCUGAAAACUGUACUGUUGAGUGUUAACAGCUUUUUUCCCGGAUUCUGAACUUGACUUUAUAUGUAUUCAUCUUUAAUUGUACAAAACCUUUAAGAAUAGGAAGUAACAAAUCUGGUAGGAAUCUUUAUUUUCACUUCAAUGGAAAGGGAUGGUUGGUUGAGAUUGUAUUUGAGUUGAAAGAUUCUAUUCUCUUGAAGAUUAUCCUAUUUUGACAGAUUAACAUAUUGCUCAAAGCUUCAAGACUCAACCUGUCUUGGGUUUUAAAUUAUAGUCAACAUAAAUUUCGAAAAGAUUAACCCAAUUUCAGCCAUCAAAUUUCUUUAGAAAAUUCUGGUAGAAUACAUAUAUAUAUUUUUAGAACACAUCAUUAGAAAUAAAAAUCUCCUUUUAUUCUCAGAUUCAAUAAAGACGAACCAUUGAACCCAGAAUCCUAGGGUUGUUAGUAGCUAUGAAUGAAUAUGUUUAUAAAACUUUUUUUUCAAACAUACGUUAAUAAGUCGUCAUGUUUUGUAAACCCCUCUUUUGAUCUAAAGUCCUGCGUGAUAUUUAUUUUGUACCUGCUUUGAAAUCCUCUAAUUCUGAAACCGUUUUCAGAAAA